GAACCCAACGCAUCUCCGCAAUUAGCAGCACGCACCCAGAGCAAGCCCAAGUGCCAAUCAACAAACCCAGACCGCCAGACGGCAACCGUUGUCAUCUCUCACUCCACGGCGCCGGCCAUCGUCACUCACACGCCCAGCACCGCAGCACGACACCAUCGCGCCCUGGCCAUCCUCCCGUUCACGUGCACCUACCGCACGCACCACCGCGGAAAGUAACCCCGAGAUCCAGCGCCGUCGGCACGACCAGGCCUGUCCAGGGAUGGGGCGGAGAGGGGAGCCCUACUACGUCGAAGCGGCGCCGCCGGUGGACGUGAACAAGAACACAGAGUGGUUCAUGUACCCGGGCGUCUGGACCACCUACAUCCUCCUGCUCUUCUUCGCUUGGCUCCUCGUCCUCUCCGUCUCUGGUUGCUCCCCCGGAGCAGCCUGGACGGUCGUAAACCUCGCGCACUUCGCCAUCACUUACCACUUCUUCCAUUGGAAGAAAGGAACCCCUUUUGCUGCUGAUGACCAAGGCAUCUACAGCAGAUUGACAUGGUGGGAGCAAAUUGACAAUGGUCAGCAGCUUACUCGGAACAGAAAGUUUUUGACUGUGGUACCUGUGGUGCUGUAUCUGAUCGCAUCGCACUUGACUGACUACAAGCAGCCGAUGUUUUUCCUCAAUACAAUGGCAGUUUUUGUGCUAGUUGUGGCAAAAUUGCCAAACAUGCACAAGGUCCGCAUAUUUGGAAUCAAUGGAGACAUCUGAGGACCACUGCAGGAAGUACAUGGAUGCGAUGCCAUGAUGUGAUGAAGAGCUAAACAGAACAAGCAGUGUGUUUCUCAAACUUGACACAACUGUCUGUAAUAUAUGUACAGGUUUAGGAAGAACUGUAAAUGUUACUCUACCAUAGAAGCUUUGCCAGCGGACUGGCCUGUGUUGUUGC